CAUACAAUCCUUGAAUUUGCCAUCAAGUGGUCUAAUUGGCCCUGACUCAUUUCUACAUUUCUACAUUAACCUCUAAAACUCAUUUUAUCAUUCGUUGCAGUUCAUCGAGGUCUCAAACACUAAAUGGCUCACAAUUCAACACUGCAGCGCAAAGCGCAGAAUUCUGGGAUGACACCAACGUUUCCACAGCUGGGAAACGGCUGUGGACUGGCCAAGGAGAAAGUUCCCAAAAUGAGUACCAAACGGUUAACCAGACCUUCCAAGAACCAAGCAGGAGAGCCAGCACCCAAGGAUACCAUUCACGAUAAUGCGAGAAUAUGCAACUACUUUGAUCUAACCCGGGCUUCCAAAAAUCCGAUCAGAGCUGCUGGAGGAGGAAAUACUCAAGUGGCUCCAAAGUACCAGGUCGCGGUUAGUGUGAGCAACGCACCUGUUCGAUCAACAGUCCCCAGAGCCACUGCUCCAAAUCUGGCUUCCAAGGAGGUCAGGGAUUGUAAGGAAACCAGGGAACUCAUCUUCAAGGAUCUCAAAGACGCGCGAGCUGCCAUGGAACCAAAGGACUUCAGGCAUGUUAAGGAGCCCAAAGACCAGAAGGAACCCAAGGAGCCUAAGGAACCCAAGGCGCCUAAGGAACCCAAGGAAUCCAAGGAUCUGAAGGGAAAUGUGGCCCGCCAGAACCCCAAUCGCACCAAGAACUACUUCGACAAGUACCUGCAGUUCGCCUUUGAUCUGAGCACUCCCGAUGGUGUCCAGAAACUGGAGGACCACUUUUUUCCGAACCAGAACCGCACUGCCUCUGGCAGCUCAAACUCCAACAGGGAAAAGUAAAUAUUUUCGGAUUUUCCGAAUGCAAAAACUAUUGUGAUCUUAUACGAUUCCUGGCCAAAUUUGAAGUACUUUUAUUAGUUAACAUUAAAUUGCAACGGUUUCAUUGAAAUUCA